AUGUCUACCCAAGCUCCUAGAAAUUCCACCUCCACCCUCACUCCCGCGUCGCAGAGCACUCUCGGGAGUGUAGACCCUGUUUUCGCAGAAAAGGGUAUUGUGCCCACCAAGGCAGGUGUCGUCAGUGGCGACAGUGAUGUUGAGUCUUUUCAAGAGAAGGAAGAGAACAUUGUUCACUGGGACGGCGAUGAUGAUCCCCAGAACCCGAUGAACUGGUCACCAUUGCGGAAAUGGUUGACCAUCGGGUUAAUAUCUAUCAGCAGCUUCAAUGUAUCUAUGGUCUCAACUGUCUUCGCCCCGGGCGUACCCCAAGUCGAGAAAGAAUUCAACUCAAACAGCCCAGCCCUCUCAUCGCUUAUGGUCUCCAUCUACGUGAUGGGCUCCGCAAUUGGACCUAUCUUCUUGACGCCUCUUUCCGAAGUCUACGGGAGACUGCCUCUGACACACGCGGCAAAUACCCUGUUCAUGAUCGCUGCGAUUGUUUGUGCUGCGGCUGUUAAUAUGCCCAUGUUGAUCGUUGCGCGGUUUGCCAUGGGUAUGGCUAGCUCUGUGCCAGUCACCGUGGGAGGAGGGUUUGUUGCGGAUCUCAUGCCUAUGGAGAAGCGUGGCACUGCUAUGACAGUUUGGACCGUUGGGCCGUUAUUGGGAUUUGUGACUGGACCGAUAUUCGGAGGAUACAUUGUCCAGACUGUUGGGUGGCGAUGGACUGUCUGGAUUGAAGCUAUUCUUGGUGGCAUCGUUGUGAUUGCUUCCAUGGUCUUCCUGCGCGAAACAUACGCCCCUAUCCUCCUUGAACGCAAGGCCAAGAAGCUCUCAAAAGCCACUGGUCUUUGCUACAGAACCAAGUUCGAGCAGGACAAGACCGUUUGCCAACUUAUAAGAAUCUCCAUUACCCGCCCCAUCCUGUUCCUCGUCAAAUCGCCUAUCGUCCUCAUCGUAUCCCUAUAUAGCGCUGUCACCUACAGCUACAUGUACGUGCUAUUCACAACAUUUACCGAGGUCUUCGAGAAGGUCUACAAUUUCAGCCCUGGCCAAGCCGGUUUGGGAUAUCUCGGUCUGGGCCUGGGCUUCUGCGUCGGCCAGAUUACAGUUGGCUAUUUUUCCGACCGCCACCUCAAGAAACAGGAAGCCAUCCACGGCAAGAUGAAGCCGGAACACCGUCUCCCCCCUCUGGUACUGGGCUGCUGCCUCGUCCCCAUCGGUCUUUUCUGGUACGGCUGGGCCGCUGAAUACCGUCUGCACUGGUUCAUCACCAUCGCGGGGACUUUCUUCGUCGGACUGGGCAUUUACUACGUGCAUUUGGUGACGCAGGUAUACCUUGUCGACGCCUACACUCUCUACGCAGCCAGUGCCGUUGCCGCAGAACUCUCCAUCCGGUGUGUCUUCGGCGCGACUAUCCCCCUCGCUGGACCAGAUUUGUAUGCCAGCGUUGGUCUGGGCUGGGGAAACAGUAUCCUGGGAUUCAUUGCGGUGGCGUUCGCGCCAACCUCGUUCUUCCUGCUGAAGUAUGGAGAGCGGAUUCGCACGAAUCCCAAGUUCCAGCCCAAGUUGACGUGA